UACAUUAACCAGAUGGCAGCGCUGCGUUUGUACAUGAGACAGUCAACAGCCUAUCCGGAUUUUUCCUAGAUGAUGCGCGGAGAGAAAUAGGGCGUUGUGAAGACUCCCUCAUUCAUUCGCUGAGAAGCCCGAUGUGCUCUUAAAGACGUAGAGAAGCGCUUUUACAUCCAAAGAGCUUCGCGGAAAGAAAGGAAAGAAAAAAAACGGUGCUGUACUGACUCAUAGCGGCGCAGUGGCAGUACAGUGAAACUAUCAACUGUGGAGUCGAGUUGCAACCGGGUUUGACUCUGAGAAACCACGAAUGUUUGACUAUCCUUGCGCUCAGCCAAUUCAUUAACGCAUAAUUAACGUGUCUCCUUUUCUCCAAAUCCGGUAAUAGUGAAAAUCUGUGCGUGCGUGCAAUAGUUGGAAUCGUUUUUUUUUUUUUUUUUUUGAGGAAACCAUGGCCAAGUUAUUCCGUGCUGUUAUCAUGGGUCCACCCGGAUCAGGCAAAGGAACCAUAUCAAAGAGGAUCGCGCAGAACUUCGGGCUCCAAUAUUUAUCGUGCGCACAUUUUUUGCAGGAAAUCGUAGCGGCAAAUGAAACAGAGGCAGGUGUCCUGGUGAAAUCCUACAUAGACAAACGAAUGCUGGUGCCGGACCACGUAGUGACCAGGCUUAUGCUCCCCAGACUGGAACAACUGAGUGGACACAGCUGGCUGUUGGAAGGUUUCCCUCGUACCAUCGGCCAGGCCCAGGCUCUGAAUGCGCGCUACCAGCUGGACAUGGUGAUCAGUCUGAACAUCCCCUUUGAGACCCUAAAGGAGAGACUGAGCGACAAAUGGAUCCACCCGGCCAGCGGCAGGGUCUACAACAUGAUCUUUAACCCCCCAAGAGUCACGGGAAAAGAUGACGUCACUGGAGAGCCACUCGUUCAAAGUGAAGAUGACAAACCAGAAGCGCUCAUGGCCAGACUGAGACACUAUAAAGAUGUUGCCAAGCCUGUCUUAGACCUCUACAAGUCUCAAGGCAUCCUGCAUUCAUUUUCUGGCACAGACACCGACCGCAUCUGGCCGUACAUGAACUCCAUUCUGAGCGCUAAGUUACCCGGGCAACAGUCAGAGUCCCUCCCACCCCAGACGCCCUGAGCGACAAAUGCAACAGCUCUGCACACUGCCUUUAGUUUCUAUUUCUACUUUCUGAUGAGGUUUGAUAGUGUGAAUUUAUUGUUACUAUAUAUAUAUAUAUAUAUAUCUAUAUACAAACAGAAUAGCAUUUUUUCUAUUGUCAUCUUUCAUCUUUCAGUCUCUGCUAUAUCAUUUUACAUACAGUACAUAUACAACACACAAACAUCUUCUCCAUUGCAGUGGUGGAUGAAGUACUCAGUUUUGUUACUUAAGUAAAAGUACAGAUACAAGGGCAAGAAGUUACUCAAGUAAAAGCAUCACAGGAAAAAAAUUCUACUUAAGAACAAGUAUUAAAGUACUUGUUUAAAAAUGUACUUUAAGCGUAAAAAGUAAAAGUAUUUUGCAGAGAUUUUAGAACAGUUAAAGAAUGAAAUGUUGUGAUUUUGAUAAAUAAUUUGGCUGAUUUUAAGUGAUUCAGUUGACUUAUUUUUUCUUGCCGUUUUUGUGCAUUUGGUUUGCUCAAAGUUGAGAUGGAAACUCAAAUUAAAUGUGCCAAAAAAUAAAGUCUCAGCCAUUUCAGCAGGUCUCAAACCAUAAAGAAAAGUACUUUUUACUUUUCAGUUCAGAUCUAAAAUGUAGUAGAUUAGUAGAUUAGAAAGUACAGAUACCUGCUCUGAAAUGUAGUGAAGUAAAAGUAAAAAGUACUCACUGUAAAAUUUACUUAAGUGAAAAAUUGUACUGAAGUAUUGUACUUUUACUUUUGUACUUCGUAACCUUCCACCACUGCUCCAUUGUAAAUACAACAUUAACAUGAACUCACUGACAGCAACAUGAGAAGUCUGUAUUAUCAUGACUGGCUACAAAAACAUACAAGCAUGUCUCAAAUAAUUGCUGAUAUAUCAAAUUUCACUGCCUUUUUGUCUCACGUUGCAACACGCCAUGUGGAAACUUCGAAGUGUAGUGUUGUAUAGAUUGCUUAGCACCGAUUAAGCACAAUAUUAUGACUUUAAAGGUGCAUUGUGUAACUUUUCUGGUGGAGGAGCCGUCAAAUGCUUUUCUCCAUGGAAAUGUUAUUGCUUUGUCUGGAAUGUUUCACAGUAAACCUUUUUAUCUUCAUGGAGACCAAACUAGACCAAGUUACAAGUUACAGGUCAGAUCUGUGGAAGGGCAACCUCGUUUACAGUCAGACUGCCUGUUUUUCUAGGUAUUUUUGAACUAUAAAACCACCUGUAAUUGAAGAACUGUAAAGUAGAUCUGUUUAAUGUCACACUGUGGAACAUUCUAAGCAGAGCAAUAGCAUAUCCAUAGAAACAUGAAGGUGACGGACCCCUAACCGAAAAGUUACAAAGUGCACCUUAAAGGCCCUUUACUUGAUUUCUUCCAGGUAUCUGAGCAAAAUCAUGUCUUUUGCCUGUAUUGUAUAAGCAGCUCUUGAGAUAAAAAUGCAUCUAAAUAUAAUGUGUUUUAUUGUGCGAAUAACAGGAAGUGCGCUGUUAGCAUGCUAAUUCUUGUUAGCUUUACUGUGAUCGUAAACUCUGCUUUUGCCUCUGAAAGUUGUGCUUAUUGUGGUGAAUAUUGAGGAUGCUCUGAUACUUGGGACCACUGCAAAAAAAUGUAAAAAUCUUCAUGUUUUUAAAACGGUAAAAAUCUGGUAGCCAACAGUGCCUUUUAACAGUAAUAAAAUAUCUUUUCUUCUUUUAUAGUUAGUGGCUGGUGUAUGGGGCGUGAACUGGUUUAGAGUGUCUCCAAAACAGUAUUCUAGUCUACAGAGGUCAGUUUACAGAGGCAUUCCCAGUCAUGCACAACCCCCCCAUCUGUCCAAGACGAAUUGAGUGCUUCUUAAUGUCCCACAGUAUAGCAUUAAACUUAUCUAGCUUGCAUUAGGUGUUUUUAGGGCAUCAUCAGAUAAUUCCAUUCUGCAUAAAUCUGCAAAUCUUGUUUCCGGAGUGGGAGUAACUGACAGUCCCGGCUGUACGGGGCUGCAAAACGGUGCACUGCAAGCUCAUUUAAAACCGCUUACACCCUCAGUUGAGCUAAGUUAAAUAAUGAGGCUUAGAUGCACCGUCACUGGAGGAGCACAGUGUUUUUAUAUUGUUAUAUUAGGUUUAAACUCAGAUUCUCACAUGAUAAGAUACUGACAUGACAUGGGUUCUGUUUUUGUUUUGCUUUUUGUAAAUAAUGAAAUCAUAUAUCAAAGUUACACCAAGGUGUAACUUCUUGGUUGGGUGUCCGUCAUCUGCUUGUUUCUGUGGAUAUGCCAUUGCUUUGCCUGUAAUGUUCCACAGUAUGACAUUAAACAACUCUACUUUGCAUUUAUUCAAUUACAAGUGUUUUUUUAGCUCAAAAAUACCUAGAAAAACAAGCAUUCUGACUGUGAGCAGGGUUGCCUCUGCACAGAUUUGACCUGUAAGUUGGCCUGGGUUGCUUUUCAUAAAGAGAGAGAGGUUUAAAGCCACACUGUGAAACAUUCCAGACAAAGUAAUAAUAUCUCUAUGAAGAAGUAUUUGAUGGACCCUCCACCAGAAAAGUUACACAAUGCACAUUUUAUUGAUACACUCAAUAUCCUAAUUUCUUAUCUCCUAUUAAUUCUAUUCUGGACACUAAGUUACCCGGGCAACGGUCAGAAUCCCACCCACCCCAGACGCCCUGAGCAACAAAUGCAACAGCUCUGCACACACUGCCAUUAGUUUCUAUAUGUACUUUCUGAUGAGGUUUGAUAGUGAUGUUGACAUGACUGUAGUUUCAUCUUAAACUGUAAGAGAUUGUGGUUAGAUUAAAAGAAAAGCAAUACGCAGCCAUUUCUUAAUAGUAGUUUGAGACAGACAGAAGAUCCAAACGAUUAGUAGCUCAGACUAUUGGUGCUUUAAAGUUUACUCUAGUGGUAAAUGGUCAUAAUGUUUUGCUUGAUCGGUGCAUUGUUUAAUGGUUGCAUUUUCUAUGAGAGCAUAUGCAAUAACAUUUCAUUCAAUAGUCAAAUACAGUUGUUUAUGGAUGACAAUGUUACUUCUGUUUAAGUUCAUACAGGUACAGGUCAUAUAGUAUAAAAGGUCAAUAUUUGAAUGUGUUUUAGUCAUGUGUAAAUUGUUUAGCAGCUGCAUCAUAUCACAACUGCACAACAAAGUAUCCUAUAUGCACUUAAUGGUUAAAGGAGACAUGUUACGCUUUAAUCAGGCUUUUUAAACAAUCUUGUAAUGUACACUCUUUGUAUUUUUGUACUACUACCAAAAUAAUGCAAUCAGGUCUUAGAUGCCUUGAAAAUUGUGUUAUACUAAAGUAGAGAUGCACCAAAACAAUACUUAUAUCAGCUCCAACAUAAAAAAUUUAGAGGGUUUCAGAUAUCGGUUCCAUGAUAUCGAUUCAGCUGAUCUUACAUUUUGGGCUAUAAAUUGGUGUAUUAAGACAAUUUACUGGACAAUGUAGGCCCAAAACACCUUGCAAUAUUUUCAGUUAUUCUGUAGCUACUUUAAAGAUGCACUGUGUUUUCUGGUAGAAGGUCUGCUACCUGCUUGUUUCCAUAGAAACGCUGUUGCUUUGUCUAGAACAGGGGUGGGCAAACUACGGCUUGGGGACCAUAUGCGGCCCUUUUAAUCUUUUUAAUCCGACCCACUGAACUUGAAUAAUAGUAAUAAUAAUAAUUUUCAGUGUUUUAAAAGUAAUUUCAGUAAAUGGUAAAUACCAUGGGACUUGAAAGACAGAUAUUUUGUUGUAAUGCUUUAUAAUGCUUUUCAAUUAUGGGAUAUUUCAGUAACAUCGGAUAUGUUUUCUACAUAUCCCAUGUUUUUUUUUUUUCUGUUAUGAGGUGGAUUACCAAAAAACUCCAUCCAUUUGCUCCUGCUCUGGCCCUUCCUUCAAAUUUUAGAACCCUUUGUGGCCCAUGAGUCAAAAAGUUUGCCCUAGAAUGCCUAGAAUGUUCCACAGUAUAGAUAAAACCUAUCUAUCACAAAGGGAGAUGAGCCGUUUACAGCACUAUGCACAUUACAGUUCAGAUCUGUGGAGAAUCGCCCCUAUUCAUAGAAGGAAUUACUGUAUUUUUGAGCAAUAGAAACACCUGUAAUGACACCUGCUCGAUGGAUAUGUUUAAAGUAACACCAUGGAACAUUCCAGGGAAAGCAAUAACAUCUCCAUGGAGAAAAGCAUUUGACGGACCUUCCACCAGAAAAGUUACACAAUGCACCUUUAGAGCCAAAGUAUCGGCAUCAGUAUCGGAACAGAAAAAGCUUAGUGCAUCCCUAUACAAAAGACCAGCUUACGACACAAAAGACUGUAUUUUCAAAGGAGUUUCAAAGGAGUUUUUAUGAAGCUCAAAGUAUAAACAACUACUGUUAGAGUUGCAAAGCUAUAAUAAAGACUAUUUGGAGCAGUACUGCAAAAGAGUCUAAUCUGGUGUAGGCAACACUUAUGAUCAUGGGCUUCCUCUGCGCCAACUGCAGUGUCUGGAGUUUGAUUUAUGGCUCUAGUAAUUUUCUGAAUGUCCCUCCCAAGUUUUUGUCCCCCACAUUUCACACUUAAAUGUGUCUUGUCCUGUAAAGCCUUUGGGGUUAUAAGAAAUCCCACAGUGCAGCAAUGGAAUAUAACCCCAGGGAGUAUGGCAGGCGAAUACAACAUAGAUUACUCAUUGCGAUAAUAAGACAAUCAUGCACGCAUAUACAAAUAAAAAAACAUGUGCAAUAAUAAAAAUGCUCUAUGUACUUUUGUGGUGGAUGGUCUGUCAUUUGCUUGUUUACAUGGAGAUAUUUCUUCUCUUGAAUGGUUUUAAUGUCGCUAUCUCCAUGGAGACAAGCUGGUGAGGCCACAUGAAGUUGUAAGUUAGGUUUGUAUAGAGGGGACCACAUUCAUAAUGAGAACAAGAGCUAUUUUUAAGUUUUAAGUUCUGCGGAAGUUUCCCGGUAUUGUUUUAACAUUUCUAUCUCCAUGAAGACAACCAGGUGACGCCAUGUGAAGUUACAGGUCAGAUUUGUAACCUGAGAUUUUUGAGAGGGGACCCCAUUCAUGAUAAAAGCAAGAGCAAGAACAGUGGAAGAUGGAUACGUUUAAUCUCAUACUGUGGAACUUUCCAGGCAGAGCAAUAACAUUUCCAUGAAGACGAGCAUAUAGCGAACCCCUCAGUUGAAAAGUUACAUGGUUUACCUUGAAAUCAUGACCAAAAAACUACAUUUAGCGUAACGUGUCUCCUUUAAAGGGCCCAUAUUACGCUGUAUUCUGAUCUAUGUUAUAAUGUUUCCUUACCAAAAACAAACCUGGAGUUGUGUUUUGUUUCAUUUACAAAUGUUUAACAGACAAACCCUGCAUAUUUAGGCAGAGUUCAUCUCUCAAACAGCAAAAAUACUGUCCCACCUUCGCGAUGUCAUGUGCAGGAAAUUGCCCGAUUGUAUUUUUAAACUCCAUACACCUUCAGCAAUAAACUCAAACAUGUGAAUCAAGUAAAACACAACUCCAGGUUCGUUUUUGAGGAGUAACAACAUUAUAACAUGACUAAAGCAAGUAUCACAAGAAUCCAUUUUGCGUAAUAUCUGACCUUUAACAUUUUUAAGCAAUUUUUCGGUGCAAUUCUAUUUUAUGAAGCUUUAUGCACUCGUAGGACCAAAGAAAUUGAGCCUUGCUGGAUGGUGGAUUUGGUCCCUAUACACACAUUGUUGUCGUAUACAGAAGGAUUGCACUGUUCGCUGCGCUGUAGUGAAAUGUGAUAUGGCUGGAGCUGCUUAGUGCUGCUGAAAGGGCGUGUUGUGAAGAAAGUAGCUGACACACCCCGCUGCAGUUGUGUAAUGCCACAGUGGUUGUUUGUUUUGGGGCUAUUUUUAUAUGAUGCUGUCUAAACCUGCCACAAUGAAUGCACAAUAAAGGUAUUUUUCCUAUUCUUCACUGAA